GUGGGAUCGAUAUUUAAUUAGGAAGUACACGUUAUGUCGGGAAAUGUUUUACGAUGAAAUUGAACGAUGCAUCAGUAUUUUUCACAUUCCCAUUAUGAAUAAUGUUUCUUUCCAAGAUAGAGUUUUGUGUCGGUGUCAACGUAAUAUUUUUUCUUUCUUCACAAGUCUGCAUGCUAUGUAACAGUCGCACAGAAUGUGGUCAGCACCAGAUAUGGAAUGACGGAGUAUGCAAAUGCAUGAAUUCACCAGUCAUGAUAACACCGCUCAUCAAAGAAGAUUGCAAAGCGGGUUACUAUGGUAUCAAUUGUUCAAUACCCUGUAGAUACCCAAAUUUUGGCCUGGACUGUCAAAUGAAGUGUCAUUGCCCGAAGGAAUUCUGCAAUGCACGCAUGGGAUGUGUGUAUGAUAUUUCUACUUCAGUCUAUUAUACUACAAAGCGGACCCAGGAGAAAUCGCCUUGGACAUCUAGCAAAGAGAUAGUAAUAGGAGUUCUAAUAUUCUGCGGUGUCCUAAUGGUUUACAUUAUAUACCUACUAACUGUCAUCAACAAAAGAAAAUGCAAAUCAAAUCAAAGAACACUAUCCUCUUAUAGCGGAAGCUUCACCGCUAUUUAAGACUUGUCAUUUAGCACAGUCAAACCGGAAUAUAAAUCUUGCAUUGAAGAAAUUAUGUCUGAGUUUUAAUCAAAACUAUGUAUAGUUUCUCAAAGUGUAACGUCCUGUCGUAUUUAUUAGCACUACGGUUUUACACUAGAGUACAGUUUAUUCUAAUAUUUUUGUUGUUUUACGUCCUGUUUAAACAUCAUUCAUAUAGAACCCUUUCCGCCUCUCGUAUCAAAACAUUGUUGCAUAACCGCAAAUAUAGGGGAAGUACCACAUAUCUGUAUAUACAUUGUUUUAAGACGAGUGUUAUCAAUUAUGCUUAUAUAAGAACCUCGUAAGUUGUUAGAACUUGUGUUCCAACCUUUUGUAUAUUGUCUAUGCAACACAUAUGUUUAAAGCAAGGUGGAUUAAAAUUGACUUUUAAAAACUCCAAUUUCAAUAUCAUCUUUUUCAAAUUGUCCUUGCUGAAAAAUGUCACCAUUCGUAGGAUGAUAAACGUAGUACUUCCAUGUUUACAAAGAUUCUGCGCUGAGUUAGUGCACUGUGACGUCAAAUAUUUUGACUAUAUAUAAAGAACGAAAAUUACGUAAAAUGUAUUUCAUUUCCUGCCAAUUAAUGUUCCGCUGUCUUAUAAUGCUGCAUGCAUUUUUGGAGUAAAAUUAUGUUUCUUUCUUAGUAUAAAAAUGUAGGUGUGUUCGAUAUUUGAUAUCUGCCUGCCAAAUUUAGAUACCCAUUGAAACAAAAUUGAUUACACUUAUUGAUUGUUCAUUAAAUAAAUAGCAGCU